GAUUCAGAAUUGACGCUACAACGUGUAAUGGUUUGUCGUGUAGCAUGUUGAACUUUGUUUCUAGUUUUUAUCCCAAAAUUGUUGUAAUCUUAGGCUUGUGUUAUUUUUGAUUGUUAUUGUUUACUCUUAUCAUUAAAUGUGAGUUUAUUGUGUGCGCUUGUUCGGUCGUUGUCUUACUGUUCCUCAUAUUCUGUUUUCUUGCCCUUCUCACUCACGUUAUUCUACGUGUUUCCCUAGCACACAAAGUACCUUAUGGACAGGCGUAAACCGCUAUCGCGAGAUAUUCAUUGAUUAUGAUGACAACUUAUAAGACAUUUCAUUCUUAGAUUAUUUUAAAUAUCUUGGUGAUGAUAUUAAUAUUCAGUGCACGCUCAAUUCAUUAUCUGCAUCUUACUUAGAAUGUUGUCUGAAAAAAUAGAGGCAAUAAAACAGUGGUUAAACUUUAUCAAGAGGUUAUUGCAUUGUAUAUGAAGGAAAAGUCCUUUAGUAUUUAGCUACAAGACAAUUACUCUGUUCAUCGAGCCAAAGACCGUUGCGUUGUCUACUUUUGCGGAGUUUUUCUAUUCACACUAAGCUAGAUGAAAAACAACCGUCGAGAAGCAUAUUGAAAUCACUAUGAGAGCUUGGUGUGAAUUCUGGAGAGCAUAAAACAUUUCGACACUUCUCCCACUUUUGGAAAAUGGUUAUAUGUUCUCUCUUUCAUGUACUUCACGGAAACAUUUCUCUAAAAUGUUUAUGUCUUGGUAUAAAUUUACGCAGUAUGUAGAAUUUCUGAACCAUAACUUGUCAAAAAACAUGGUUUUUCGUAUAUGGUUCCAUUCACUCUAGUUUCUCCUAAACUAAAACUCAAGUAUCCUCACCAUUUUGCGACUUCGUUUACAUUUUCUCAUCUAGUUUCAAAAAAUAUUGGUUGACUUAUAUUAGUGUGGGUAAUGUUAAGGUAUCUGCAUUUUAUUGAUUUUGUGUUAUUGAGGUCACUUUUUCUGUGAUUUUCCUUCUAAGUUGCACCUCAUACGGAUCGUCUUCCCCGAGAUGACUAACUCCUACCAAAUACAAGUACGUCGUUUAUUCAGGAGAGUUCUCACCUUUUCUUAAUCCUAUUCAGAGAAAAUUAUGGGUAAUUUGUCUUCCUUUUUGUCUAUUAAAAGUAACUCGGUCAUUACACGUCUGAUAUUGAUUUCUAAUUAUAUGUGCGUAGUUUACUAGUUUUAUUCGUGUACGAUAAAACAAUCGACCGCUUACAUACGGUAUUAUCUACAAGCGUACUAUAAUAUCUAAAAAUCCACGUCAGAUCGAUUUAGAAACUUUAUUAUUUGUCAGUUUUCUGAUAGUUAAACGACAGUUCAACUGUUAUUUGGAUGAUUAUGUUUCAUUUGCUUCAGAGGGUAGGCGUAUAUUUAGAUCUUUCACCUCAACAUGACUUUAAACGUAAUGUCAUGAUGACAUACUUGGGAAGUUUAUCAUGCUUAAUCAAUUCAAAAAUACUAAAUGACUAAUUAUCAUUUAUAUUCGUGUUGUUAAUUUGAACUUAAUACUUUGUGGUUGUCAGCAAUACCCAAAACAGUCUUCCAGUACGCACAAGAGAAUUUCUUUGAGGGUCAAUGUGUCAGAGAUGAUCUGAAAUCAUCCAAGAUUGUCAGCGUUAAUUGUCUUUUGGAUAUUUAUAGAAAUUCAGUUUUAACGGAAUUUCAAACCACCAAAAAAUCAAAUAUUCGACACCUCACAGCUAAAAAAACUUUGCAACGACGUUACUGCUUCUCAGGUUGAAGUAUGCUAACUUAGCGUUUACUGUAGAAAGGCUUACAAUAUAUUAAGACUUGCAAAUUUAUAUUCAAUUCUGUAGUGUCUAUGUAUAUUCUUAGUUUACGUGUUUGAUGGCUCUUGCUUUCAUUUUCUUUCAGAUCCUAGAAACCUGAUACUUAGAAUUGAUAUCUACAUUAACCAGAGCAAUACAAGAUUUUCGGAUCUAAAUGACUUUUGAAAAACUUGGUGUAUGUUCUGAAAUUGUUGAGUUGCUACGAGAUAAAGGGAUUAAUACACCUACGGAAGUUCAAGAAGGUUGCAUUCCAAUAAUUUUGGAAGGAAACGAUGUAGUAGCAUGUGCGAAAACUGGUUCUGGAAAAACUGCAGCAUUUUUGAUCCCCAUACUUCAGUCACUAAUGACUGAACUCAAACCAUUAUAUGCUCUAAUAAUUACUCCAACAAGAGAGUUGGCGCAUCAAAUUGGUGAACAAGCCGCUGGGUUAAAUUUAAUCCAAGGUGAACCACUAUGUAACGUAUUAGUGAUAACUGGUGGAAGAAACAUAGUUCAUCAGAGUAUUGACUUAGCUCGAUCUCCACAUAUUAUCGUUUCUACUCCUGGACGGUUGGCUGAUCUUCUGCGCACCCAGAUAGCCGCGCAAGAAGCUGAUACUGAGAAUAAGCCAGAAUGGACCUUAUCCAGAACAAAAGUGGUGGUUCUAGACGAAGCAGAUAGACUGUUGGAAGAUAAUUUUGGUGAAGAUUUGAACACUAUAUUGAAAGCACUUCCGAAACGUCGUCAAACGUUACUUUUUAGCGCUACAUUCAGUGGUGCAGUCAAGUCUUCCUUAGAGGCUGCAAAGUCAGUGGCCUACGCUGAAAACAGGCGCCUUCCUAUUUUAUGGCAACCUGAAUGCAUGACUACGUGUUCAUCUGCAGGGGCCGUAACUGUCGAGACGUUAAGUCAGUAUUAUAUUCUGAUGCGCCCUGAACACAAAGAAGCAUUUUUGGUUCAUACUGUCGAUCAAUUUCUUUCUGAGAAUCCACAUUCACUCAUUAUGAUUUUUACAAAUAAAUGUAAAUGGUGCCAUCUUAUUGGAUUAAUGAUGACCAGUCUAGGUAUUAAAACAACCUUACUUCACUCCUCUAUGACUCAGAAAAACCGCAUAUCUUCGUUGACUCUUUUUCGUUCUAGUCAGAUCCGUGUUCUGAUUGCAACGGACCUGGCAAGCCGUGGACUUGAUUUUCCAACAGUUGAUAUUGUAAUUAAUCAUAAUGUUCCUAUUCGACCUAAAGAUUAUGUCCACCGAGUAGGCCGGACUGCUCGGGCUGGGAAAGCUGGUUUAGCAUUGACAUUGUGUGACCUUUUUGAAGUAAAACGUUUAAAAGCUAUCCAAACAUUUAUCAAUAAGGAAUUGAAGACAUUUGAUGUGAACGAAAGAAAAGUAGCUCAAAUAAUUGCCGAAGUAUCUAUCGCUCGUCGUGAUGCAGAACGCAAACUAGAUGAAAUUAGAUUCGAUGAGAAGCGUGAAAUCAACAAGGCAAAAAAUCUGAUGAAGGCCAGAACGUCGAAAAAUUUAAAUAAAACUGAAAAUCUAACUUCCUAAACUUUCUUGUAAAUAAAUCCUUUAUUUUUUCUGAU